AUGGCGCAAGUGUCCAAGUAUGAGAAGGCCAACUGCUUUAAUCGGGUGAAGGGGAACUGCGGUAUGGAUCAUGAAGCUGAGGAUAUAUUCAAGCAAGAUGCCUGUGAAGAAUCUCCAUCCGGUUUACAACCCUGGUCCAAUAAUAUGGGACGACUGGCUAUGCAGGAGAAUUCUGUAGAGCUGAAAUCAGAGUCUGAAGUGAAAAUCACUGAGGGAAAUGGGAGAGAAGGAGAGGAGUCACCUGGGAGCAUUGGAAUAAAUUUACAGAAGAAUGGCAGCUUCUCUCCACCUUCAUUUGGUCAGCACUCCCUUCAAUACAAACAGAAAUGUAUGAAGAAAUCAGCAAGAGCAUUAGAGAACCUGACAGCAGCCUUUUUGCAGUGCAGUUCUUUCCCUGCUACUGGAGUAACACAGACAGAAGCCAUCAAAACUGAUCGACAGCAAGUGGAGAAAGAAAUCCAAAUUCACUCUGGAAAAAAAUGUUGUUUGGAAUGUGGUAAACAAUUCACACACAAAAGUGAUCUUAAUGAGCAUAUGAAGAUUCACACUGGUGUAAAAACAUAUUGUUGUUCUGAAUGUGGUAAGCAUCUCUCAACAAUAAGCCAUCUUCAGAGGCAUAGAAAAAUCCACACAGGAGAAAAACCUUAUUGUUGUCCAGAAUGUGGCAAACAAUUUUCUGACAAACGCAGUUUUCAAAAGCACACACAAAUUCAUAAGGAAGAGAAAAAGCAGUAUGUCUGUUCUGAAUGUGGCAAAGGUUAUACAAGCCAGAGCAGUCUUGAUAUACACACCAAAAUCCAUACUGGAAAAAAAUGUUUGGAAUGUGGCAAACAUUUCACACAAAAAAGUGAUCUUAAUAAGCAUAUGAAGAUUCACACUGGAGAAAAAACAUAUUGUUGUGAUGAAUGUGAAUCAUAUUUCAACUUAUAG